GUUCGGCGAUUCCAAAUUAAAUGCGCACGAGUCCAAAUUCAACUGGGAAUGUCCAUUGAUUGAAUCAAAAUGUACAUCGUGAAAUGCGUUCUUUGACUUCAAUGUCUGUGUAAUGUAAUGCCACUGUGAAUUCAAAAAGGACGCCGCUAGUUGAUUUAAAAAUUCAAAAUGGACGACGCAACUAAAUUCAAAAUGGUCGACGGAUACGUUGUGUUCGAAAUGGACACCAAUUUCGAAGCCUGGGCCACAUUUAUCUUAAAAUGAAACCAUCUACUUCAAAAUGAACGCAACUGAUGGCGACGAUCGAUGGGUUUCGACCCAAACGACAACAAUCCCCGGGCAGACGAUUUCUCCCUUCGACGAUUAUCUUUUCACCACGCUUCUCUUCAUCAUUCACUACAUUCUCGAUCCAUGCGUUUUGUGCCUCGGAUUGUUCGGGAACAUCCUGGCGUUCCUGGUAUUGCUGCAGCCUCAGUACCGGAACCAGACGACAUGUCUCUACAUGAGGAUUCUGGCUGUGUUUGAUACUUCCAUCAUCGUUCUCAAGAACAUACCGAGGACUUUUCUGAUGUGGUACCCAGAAUUCUUCAUCUCGAUCGGAAAAUAUUUCUGUCCGCCAUAUUGGUUUUUUUCCGCCAACUUCUACGGGAUAUCGAACUGGGUCGUCCUCUGCAUGACCGUCGACAAGUUCAUAGCCGUCUGCUUCCCGCUGAAGGCGGCCACGUGGUGCACGAAAAGGCGGGCUAAGAUCUCGGCUGUUUUGAUUCUUUUAAUGUUCAUCGGGUUCAACGCUCCGAAUCUGUUUACGAGGCCAAAUAUCGAAGGGAUACGGACGCGGUUGGGGAGAGCGACCUGCAAGUUCCUAGAGGAAUACAUCCCGUACCCGGCGGCGUACACGGACGUACGCUUCUUCGUGUUCUCCUUCUGGUCUCUUGGUAUUCCCCUCUCUGGGGUAGUCAUCUUGAACCUUUUCAUCGUCACCUCGGUCGCCAAAAGGAAGAAAAAUCAAGAGAAAAUGGGCGUUCAGAAGAAUGAUUCUAGCAACCAGGCAAUGGUCCUCCUCUUUAUUGUGACCGGCGUGUUUGUCGCCACCAACCUACCUUGGAUCGUGGAUAACUACGUCUGGCGGUACCUGCUGUAUCUUAUAACUGGCCGAAACACGUCCAAUGACUUCUGGCUGAAGAGGUUGCGACCAGUUGUCUACGAGUGGGUUCUCUUCCUCGUUUUCGCCAACUCGUCGAUCAACUUUUACAUAUACUGCCUUGGCUGCAGGAAGUUCCGGAAGGAUCUUGUCACCAUGUUCAGGAACGGCUUUAACGCCGGCAAAGGAGACCGGAAAGAUAGCGGAACCACUUCCAAGUCAGAGGUCAUCAUGAAAACGAAAUAUUGAGUGCUGGUGCAUGGAGCGAAAUCGGUUGAGAUUUCGUCGAUACGGCGCUUCACUUCUAAAAGUCGUAACAACAUGUUAUCACAAUACGACAAAUGUAAUCACAUGACAAUGCUCUUCACCGGGCAGCUUCUCAUUGAAGUCGGAAAUCAUCAACUUUCUUAGGUCAGAGUGGAAGGUCAAAGUAAUGAUCCGGAGGAGGACCACUUGAUCCGGAACUUGGCCGCUUCAAAAGACGUUAUAAGAUGACGUCGCCCUGACAAUGCUUUUCGCCAGACAAUUUCUGAUCGAUGUAGGAGGUAGAUUUUCCGCAGUCCAUGUCAGCGAGAGGUCCCAUUGUUCCAGAGCUUCACUUCCAAAGGACGUUGAAGCAUAUAACAGCUAUGUAACCCCAUGAUUUAAUGAGAUGACAUUGCUCUGGGCAGCUAGCUGCAAUCGUGGUAUUUUAGAACUUAUAUAUUAAAAAUUACCUGUCGGUUCGGUUGGUGACUUUUGAUGAUUAUUUUCGCCCUCCCGGCCACCAACUACGCUACUGGGUAAUUUGAAUUACCAAAUAUACAAGUACAAACACCAAACACCAGCGUAGUAUUGUCCGCCAAUGGGCAAAUCACCCUACAGUGGAAUUUGUCCUUUGGGUGAAAGUUGCAACAAGUACAACUCAACCCAUGCCAAUUGCUGACGAAGACGUUACAGUAUCAAACCUUGUUUAAUUAAUGAUAAAUAAAGUCAGCUUUCGUAGGCUGUGAAAAUGAGCACCCAUCUUCCGAUUAAGCGGGGGAUUUAGGUAUACAUGUGGUUAUUCAGAGACCCAUAUAGUGGGACUGAUAUCACUUUAUCCCUAUGCCAACUGGCUGUAUCCAUCAAGCGUUCCUUACUUUUCUUCGUUACCAUACUUAGCCGUACCUAGAGAGGACAGGGGGGCCCUCCCCAGCAGUGAUCUCAAAAAACGUGUUUUUCAUGCAGAUAUUCUUGCCGUACGAUGGGAGGCCAAAGGAGGUGUUUCAUAGUGACGGCUAGGGGCCUGGUUUAGCCCUACUAAUAAGCAUCCAUAAAUAAGUACUUGGUUGAUAGAGGACAGAAUAAACAAUACGACAGUCCUCUGUCCGUUCAUACGAUUUAGGGUAUCACAAGAGCAGAUAUCAAGUAGAUUACAACACCAGUCGAAUGCGUAAGAGCACAACGGCCGGCAGAGAGGGUAGGUGUAAACUGUGGACGAAAGUGUGGACAGCGGCCCUCUAA